CCAUGCUGUUGCUGCUGUGACGAUGCUUGGUUUGACGUUUCUUCGUUUGUGAUGAUUUGGUUAAGGUGUCGAUGGGAUGUAGAGUUCCAGUUGUUUGAUUAGUAGGAGAUAAUUGACUAGGAGAUCUCGACAAUGGCAUCUCCGUCAGAUGGCAAUGAUGAAAAAGGACAAGAGGGACCGAUACGUUGCAUAUUUUUUUCAGAAUUCCAUCACAUAGCCGGCCCGAAGAUAACCUGUCAGGUGCCAGAUAAUUACAUCUUGAAAGAUAUUUUCGACAACGUGAGCGUUUAUAUCAUACCAAAGGCACAACUUCAGCGCAGCACGAUUACAGUAACUCUGAAAGAUUUCAAAAUUCUUGGAUUCCCCGUGAGGAUUGAUAAUAAGAAAUAUGCUAGAAAUGCCUUUUACUUCAAUCUCUGCUUUGUCUGUGACGCAGAGGCAAGAACUGUUCACUAUGAACCUGUGGUCAAGAAGAUGUCAGACUUUUUGAUGGCAAUGGAAAUUGAAAACUGCUUUCUGUCAGCUUCCGAGGAUAAAACUAGGCUUGCAUCAAUGCUGAAACAAGUUAUGCAAGAUCUAAACCUCCACAAAAUGUGUACACUAACUGAAGGCACCAUGACAUCACAUUUGAAAGUUGUCCGACUAGCCCCAGAGCCCAAGCCGGUGCUGGACCAUCAAGUUCCGAUAUUUUUAGAAGGUCGUGAAGCAUUUCGAAGUGAUCACUGGGACUUGACAACGCAGCAGGUACUUCCCUAUAUUGAUGGCUUUAAUCACGUUGCUCGAAUAGCAGCUGAGGCAGACGUGGAAAAUAAUUUGGUAAAAAGUUGCGUGCAAAAUCUUGUAUAUUACGGCGUUGUUAGCCUGAUUCCAAUAUUUCAAUACAGUAACGUUUACGCAGCCACUCCAAAUUUGAAAAAACUAGCAGAAGAUGCGCAACUUCAGGAGAAGUGCAUUGCAUAUACUUCGAAAUCUGCAAGACAACCCGCUCACCUCAGGGACAUCUACAGGAUGUAUGCCAGCAUGACGCACGGCAGCAGCAUGCGAGACUUAUGUCAGCGGCUGAAUCCACAGACACUAAGAAUCAAUGAGCGUAGAUUAGUUCAAUUUGGAUUAAUCGAAAAACUCAUUCGUCGAGUUUACAAGUACCCUAUUCACCUGCCAGGCACAGUCAGUGAAGAAGGACACAAUAAUCCGAUCUAUAAAUACUUUACCGGCACAUACAGUCUGGACGAAAUAUGCUGCAGUACCGGACAAUCCGUCGCGCAAAUUGAAGAAAUUGUUGAACGAGACUCAAACGUUGUGAUGCUAUGGAAGUAACGGCCGAUUUUCAAGUACACGGUUCAUAGCUAAAUUGCUUUUUGAAUUAAAGAACUGAAUUCAAUCAAUCACAAACUAUACCUGAUAUCAGUUGUGUUUUUUUUAUCUAGCUGUAAAUAAAUAUAAUAUAUUGAAUAUAAUAUAUGCACAUUA